UUGUUACUCGUUUAUACACCAUUACUGCCGUACUCAUGAGCGGCAAGUUGCUUAUGAAUACCGGUUCUUCAGAUCUCUGGGUAUCCGAAAUACAUUGUUCUGAUUGCGGGAACAAGAGAAAAUAUAAUCCAAAACAAGACGGUAGUUUUAGAACAAAUAAUAAACCAUUCGAAGUAAUUUAUGGCAUAGGCUAUGUUCAGGGUUAUAUUGGCUCCGCUGACCUCAGUUUGAAUGGUGCACUCAUCCCACAAGUUUUUGCUUUCACCACGAAGAUGGCUAUCUUUCAAGAUGAACCAUUCGAUGGAAUCAUUG